UCAGUUCAAGCAAUUUACAAUGUUAAGUUUACUAACCAAUGGAAAUAUAUAGUCUUCAAUAAUGAAAUGAAUUUUAUUUUAUUAGCCCGUGAGAAAUGGAAAUGUAUUUUUUUGUGUGUACCGCAGUUAAAAUGGAACUAAGAAAUUCUCAAAGAAUGUUUAAAAGCUUGCCUCCAUAAAUUUGUAUACAAUUUGUUGUGUAAACUAAAGCAUCGUUUUUAAAAAGCAAGAAAAUAUUUUUUGAAUAGUUGGUUUUUCUCAACAAUACUGCCCAAAAUUUCCUAUUUAGCAAGAGAAUUUUAUUUACCAAAAAAGAAAUACAAUAAAAUGAAUAUUUACAUAAGUAUUCAUAGAUUGUAUAUGUUAAUUUUGUUUUGCUUUUUGUUUUUUCUAACAAAAGAGUUGGGUUAACCUUCUUGUGGCCGUGCUGACGUUGGCUGAAAAUCUGAGACGGCCACAAAUAAACUGAUUUCAGCAGGUUAAUGUCCUGCUCUCACCGCCGCCGCCCAGUUUAUGGGAUUUAUGGGAUGGGUGAUCAUAAAUUUUGGGUGCUUUUGUUGUUCUUCGUUUUUAUUAUUUAUGGCCCAUGGGCGUGGCCCGCCCCCUUCUGCCACCCCGCCACCACAAAAUGUCAACUGUCUGAUUUCUGCACUGAUUUGCUUUCUUUGUCUCGCUGCGCGUGUGUGUCUCCCUCUGUGUGUGUGCGUGCUUUCUCCUCCCCCUCUCCCUCUCCCUUUCUCUUUUCUCUCUCGCCCUCCCCUCCCGUUUCCGUUUCCGUUUUAAUGGGUCCUCAGGAUGGCUCCAUCGAGUUUGAGGAGUUCAUACGCGCCUUAUCCGUCACAUCGAAGGGCAACCUGGACGAAAAACUGCAGUGGGCCUUCCGUCUGUACGAUGUGGACAACGAUGGCUACAUAACGCGGGAGGAGAUGUACAACAUAGUGGACGCGAUCUAUCAGAUGGUGGGACAGCAGCCGCAAUCGGAGGACGAGAACACGCCGCAGAAACGAGUGGACAAGAUCUUCGAUCAAAUGGAUAAAAACCACGAUGGCAAAUUAACAUUAGAAGAAUUUCGUGAGGGUAGUAAAGCUGAUCCACGUAUAGUUCAGGCGUUAAGUUUAGGUGGUGGUUAAACCGAUUAACAAUGGCCGUUUACCGAUAACAGACCCAAUUCCAAUUCCACAGAAACCAAGCGCGCAAUAAAAAGAAAUCCGAUACUGAUACUGAAAUUUGAUCAAAACCCGCUAAAAAACAAACAGAAACCGCAAAGUAAAAGUAAAAGAAAAUUAGAGGGGAGGAGGAGGAGGACGGCACGGUGCCACGCCCCUUCCCUUCGUUUGCAUUCGCUUCUUCACUAUUCACUUUCUCUUCUCUCUACGCUUUUCUCAAUUCUCAAUUCCCAAUUCUCGAUUCUCCGCGCGUCGCUUGCGACACUGAAGAUGAUAAUAAUUUUUUGAUAUAUGCAUAAAGUAUAACUAAACGAGAUGGAAAACCAAAUAAACGAACCGAAAACGAAAACGAAUCGAAAAUGAAAUUAAUUUUUAAAUAUACACCAAAAUAUAAAUAUAUAGGAAAUCAUGGCGUAGUCAGAGCGCAGUUCAUAGGAAUAAUGGAAAAACCAAAAAAGGAGAAAAAUAAAUAAACUUAUACUAAUUUUAAAUAAAAUCGGAAGGCGGGAAGGCGCAAAUCAAUUUUUGAAGCAUACACCAAUUACGAGUAAACUAAUUAAACCUACGAAUAAAUCAGCAUAAUUAUACUAUACAAUUAAACGAUACAUUUAGAGCCGAACUAAGCCUACGAAUCAAUUGCGCAGCCUUCGAAGCAAAGCUAAUGAUAAGGCGAGUAAUCUAAACUCGAUCCAAGUCAGCUAAAUCCACUCACGACAGCCAACAGCAGCCACUUAACCCACACUAAAUAUAUGAAUACAUAUAGAUACAUGUAUGAAUCCGAGAAGUGGCCGCAGACAGGACGAACAGAGUCUAGGGUUCAGAGUUUAGAGGGGGGUCAAACAGAGGGGUUGCCAAAAUAAAAUCACCAGUAGGCUAAAAAACCCUUGUUUAUGGUAAAUUUAUCAUGAGAGAAACUUGGAUAGCCCUCUCCCCAGUACUUUCAUUUAUUCUCUCUUCUAUGUAGAAAUGGCAAUAUUUAAAUAUCGAAAAUAAAUGGCAUUGUAAGCGACAUUCGAUAAGACCAUGGACGAUAGAUUUAGCUGUCAAUAAUGACUUUGAUAUAUCACAUGAUACGCCUCUAUAUGUUAGUGCCUUUGUUGAUUUCAUGUUUCUAAUUUCGGCAAUACCGCUGACCUAAGUUCUCGUAAGUAUAAACCUGAAGCUUACCUUUGAUUUGGAACUUAUAUUUUAGGUUUCUUAGAAAACUGGUUAUUUACACUUCAGUUCAAAUUGUAUAAUUUGUUCUAUAUUAUUAUUGGUGAUAUUUCGAUAUCUUAACUUUCGAUUCUUCUUGAGAUUGUGGCCUUCUUCACAAGUCUGUAGGGCCUUCACAGUACAGUGCGUUUCAUGGCCAGCAACCUUGAUUUUGUAGUCCAUCUCCUGUACCAGCCAGCUGCUUUACAGCCAUGAAACGCACAGUGAUGACUACUUACGCAGUUCCCCUUGGAAAGAGAUUGAAUCUGCAGAUGAGUUUUUGAUAGAAUCCAAACAGCAGCGAUUACAAAAAGUGUUGCAUACCCGACAGGCGCAGAUAAAGUGUUUGCUUUCGUUUGCUCUCUCUCUCUCUCUUUCUACCUCUAUCACUAUCUCUUUCCCUCUCUCUGUAUCUGUAUUUCCUGCUUUGCCUUGUUUUCCGUUAAGCGUUAUACGUUCCCAACAACAAUAACCCAACCAUAUUUACAAUAACAACAAGAACAACACGAACAUAUUGACAAUAGGCGGAGCAGGAUGAGCAGGAGUCGAUCCGAAGGUCUUGAAACAGUGCCCAGAACCCAGAACCCAGAACCCAGAACCCAGAAAUCCAGAAAUAGCUGCGAAAUCGAGCCAUUAAUAAAUGAUAAACUAAUCAAAGAACGCACAGCUACAACCAGAGCCACAUCAACAGCCAGAACAUGAACAUAUAAUAUAUAUUUAUACACAGAUGUAUAUCCAGGUCCUCGAGCAGCAGCUGAGCAAGGAAGUUGGAGCAGUUAGGAUAUAUAUAUAUAUAACAAUGAAACAAAUCCAUCAUACGAUUUAAUUUCUAUUCUAUAUGCGGUUCAGCUUUAUUAUUGCAUUGAUUUUACAAUAAACCAGUCAACCGUUUUACUAUUCCGAUGACUAUCUAUAAAUACGAAUCCCCCGCUUUCUCACGCCCCCUUCAGUAGACUUUGUGUAAUCUAGAUAGGGGAGAUCUUGGCCUCCCCGAAAGACAUAAACACUCACCCGAAAACACAACUGUAUAUCUAUAUCUAUAUAGUGCCUAUGUAUGUAGUAGUAAUUCUUCUUAUAAUUUCGCCUGCUUUGCCUUCUUUGAGAACAUUCCCAAUUGACCGAUUUACGUUUAUCUUUUCCUAUGCUUUCCAUGUAUUUAAGCACCGAACUAAAAGAAUAAACACGAUAAAAAUUUAAGAAUAAUGCCAUGCAACCCAAACACUUGCCCCAAACAUCGACACACACACACACACACGCACACAUAUAGCCAUAUGUAUGUGUAUAUAUACAUAUAUGCCUAAACUUAUAUAUACUCUAUAUAGUAAGCACUGCAAUCGAAAGCAAGUUAAGGAACUAUAACGAAACCAAAACCAAAAAACAAAAACGAAUACAAAACGCUUCUAUAAACCUCACUGAAAUUCUUCGAAGAAAAAACUGAAAGAUAUGAUACACACACAUAUGCAUACUGACACGCCCACACACCCAUACACACAAACACACACACACACACUUGUACGAGUAUAUUAACAAUAAACGUAAUGCGAAAACUUAAUCAAUAAUUAAAUAAUUCGAAAGUGAUAUAGCUGACAAAACAAAUGUGUCUGUAGUCUAGUAGUUAAAAGAAAUUGAGAAAAACGAAACGAAACGAAACGAAAAAGAAAAACAUUUAUAAAUAAUAUUAACUAAACAAUUAUAUGACAGAUAAAUGGAAAACUCAACGCAAUUUUCACGUUGACUUGUUUUUUUUUUGUAAGGAGACGCGUAACAGCGGAAGCGGAAAUAAGGAAAUCAAACUGUAAAUAACACUAAGUGAAUCACGCACACCACUCCACAAGACACACCCGCACACACACGCGCAUACCCACUCACACACUGACAGAACGAGGAGUACCGAAUAAGUUUGUUAACACCAAAAUAUAACGGGUCUUAAGUAACAAAAAACGAAAUCGAAAACAAAAACAAAAACAAAAACAAAAAAACAAUAAUAAGAAAAAAGGAAAAAAAACAGUAAGUUAGAGCAAGGAAUUUUUUUUGUGGAUUGAAUUGGAUGGGUUUGAAACGAAUCAAGUCAAUUGUAAUAGCCGACAAACGAAUACGAAAAUUAUUAAAUAUUUAUAUUAAUUUACAAUGGGCCGGUGAGUACAGGUUUUUCCGGAAAAAAAGCAGCACACGACCGAUGGAAGUCGAAGAUGAGUUUCUUUCCACCGCCGUUGACAAACCACACGAAUGUCAAGUUAAACGUUUCACAAGCAAUAUUUUACAUACUUAUACAUGCAUUAUAUACAUAUAUAUAUAUAUAUGGGUAAUUAUAUAUAUGAAUAAAUAUACGAUAAUAAAUAUAUACAUAACUUAUAUACACACCGUGCAAUAACGAGUAACGAGUCGACCGGCAAAUAGAAAUAAUAAUAAAUUAUUGCAUGGCAGAUACACGGAUAUCCAAGCGAGAUGUCUGAUAAUGCGGAAAUAACUUAAAACCAGAUGAUAGCGAAGGGAAAUUAAUGACACUUUUAGUGAUAUUCUUUAGCAAACUUGAAUCUGAUUUCCUUGCUAAGAACAAAACGAAAUGUAUAAAGUCAAGAAUUCAAAAGCCGAAAAACCGAAAAACCGAAAAACAGAAAAACCGAAAAUAUAACGAUAACAAUUAAAGCAAAGGUCGUAUAUUUUACAAAAAAACGAAGAGAAACAAAUGCUAAAAAAUAAACAAACAAAUUUUUUUCUCCCAUUUACCUUGACUCGACUUUCAGUUCGUUUGUACUACUCUAUUUACGGUUAUUUAUCAUAAUUAUUAUUCCGAUUCCGAUUGUUAUUAUUAUGAUUAUAUGGCAACGUCGAAUAUUACGAUUAUUGUGUAAACACAUGCAGCAAAACUUAUAAGAAAAACUAAAAACUUUAUAGAACAUAAAAACGAAAAUCAAAUUCUUUUACCAAGGAAAAAACGUAAUUAUUUUUUUUAAGUAAUCGCCUAAGGGGGAAUGGAAAAUUUAUCUUGUUACUGUCAGAAAAUAUUACUUACUUCAAAUAAAAAUUUUAAAGCGAG